AUGACGCGCGGCCGCGCGCGCGACGCCGCCGCCGCCGCCGCCGCCGCCGCGCGCGUCGCCGUCCUCCUCCUCCUCCUCCUCCUCGCGCGCGCCGCGUCCGCGCAGUCGCCGCCGCCGCGGUCGCGGUCGCCCGCGUUCGGCUCGUGCGUCGACGCGUGCGGAAGCUGCUGGUACGAGCGCGACGACCCCUCGAGGGUGUCGUGCUGCUGCGAACCGACGUGCGCGGACGCGGGCGACUGCUGCGACGAUUACGCGGAGGCGUGCGAGGCGAACGGCGACGACGAGAGAGGCGGCGACGGCGAGAGAGGCGUCGCCGGCGUCGUCGCGGAAGCGAACGGCGACGCGGCGUUAUUCUUCGCGCCCGCGCCGGGCCCGGGCGCGAGUGCGCUCUUCGCCGCGCCGAUCGCCGUGGACGUGGAAGACGACGCCGACGACGACGCGCCCGUCCGCGCGCCGGAUCCGCCGACGGCGGCGCCCGCGCCGUCGCCGUCGUCCGUCGCGUACUUCGUCGCGCCCGCGGAGGAGGAGGAGGAGGAGGAGGAGACGGAGACGGACGCGACCGCCGCGCCGCCGCCGACGCCGCGCGUCGUCCCGACGAUUCCGGAAGAACCGUCGCCGUCGCCUCCGUCGCCGUCGCCUCCGUCGCCGUCGCCUCCGUCGCCGUCGCCUCCGCCUCCGUCGCCGUCGCCGCCUCCGAUCGCACCGCCGCCGCCUGUCGUCGAAGAGGGCGUCGUCGCGGACGUCGUCGAGGAAGACGACGGAUACCAAAACCAAAACCAAAACGACUACGACGACGACGACGACGACGACGACGACGAAGACGACGCGGUGUUAGUCGACGUCAGCGGCGGCGCCGGGGGGGUGUUGCCCACCGCGAAGUUCUGGGAAGCGGUCGCGGACAGGCUCGGUCUCGAUCUCCGCGGGAAUCCCGCGAAAGAGGAGGAGAGCGAACUCGAGCAGGAGGAAGAAGAAGACGAAGAAGAGAAGACGAAAGACGACGCGCCGCGCGUCGGCGGCGGCGGGCCUCCGAAGGCGUCGACCGGCCGAAGAGACGACGACGACGACGACGCGAAUCCAAUCUCCACCGCGGGCGAGAACGCGUUCUGCCUGGACAAGUCCGAGGAGAGGUACUACGCCGAUACUACGCGCGCGUGCGACUGCGACUGCGCCGGGUGCGACUGCCGCCGAUACUACGCGUGCUGGGACUGCGACGGCGGCGCGUGCGCGUCUCAGGCGUCGUACGAGUGCGCGCGCGGCGACUACUCCACCUUCAACGAGAAGCUGCAGCUGUGCGCGUGGGAGCAGCCGAGGCCGCUGCCGUUCUCGUGCCCGCCGCGGCCGCCGGGCCCGCCGAACCCGCCGAACCCGCCGCGGCCGCCGCCGAGGCCCGCGGCGCCGCCGCCGCUGCCGGGCUUUCCCGCCGCGCCGCCGAACCCGCCGGCGCUCGCGCCGCUGCCCACGCCCCUUCCGCAGCCGACGCUCCAGCCGGGCGUGGUGCCGGGCGGCGGCGUAGGCGGCUUCCCGGGAGGCGGGGUCGCGCAGCCGGGUCUGGGAGGCGGCGUCGUGGGCGGCGUCCCGGGCGCGGGCGCGGGCGUGGGUCAACCGGGCGCGGGCGUGGGUCAACCGUCUCAGUUUCAACCCGGGUUCGGCGCGCAGCCCGGGUUCGGCGCUCAACCCGGGUUCGGCGCUCAACCCGGCGGCGCCGUCUCCCCCGUGCAAACGCAACCCGGGAGCUGCGCGUCCAUACCGCAGUGCAACUCGUGCUUGCAAUCCUCGGAUCAGAGCUCGUUCGUGUGCUGCUGCGACCCGGACUGCUCGACGUGGAACGCGAACGCGCCGGGGCAGCCCGCGGGGUUCUUGGGGUGCUGCUCCGAUUACGCCGCGACGUGCGGCGCCGGGCAGGCGAUACCGGGAAGGCAGCAGCGCGGGCUGCUGUGA